AUGGUUAUCAACAAAAAUGUGCCGAAAAUCCUACGACAGCGUCAAAGUCAACGUGGCGGUGGUUCGGGUUUCCUGAAUCCCGAUCAAAGUAUUGGUAUGGGUAUGACAUUGGAUCAGUUCAGUCCCAAUACCACGGAUGUUUACAGUGAUGAACAUUUGCAUCCCGAUGCCAGGGGUAAUGCUUUGAAUUUGGAUACAGAAUCAAGGCCACAAUUUGCCGGCUUGGAUGAUAUUUAUAGGCCAAGUUUGGAUACUCCCAGCACAACCCAUGUGGAUCCAGAUAUCCUCUUGGAAUCCGUUAAACCCGGCAUGACCUAUGAUGAGUUGCGUAAACGUAAUCGUGAGGACUAUCUAAAGAAACAACAGAAUCCCUAUUCGCAACCCUUACCACCAGAGGCUCCGGUGGUUAUGCGUGCCACACUCCAAAGACCACCCUCGGCCAGCGAUGAUAGACCCAUGAAGAAUAUGCAAACCAAUAUAUAUGGAGAUGCCUGGUCGGAAUAA